AUGAGGAACAAAUUGUGGCUCCAGAGUGUUUCCUUCUUCCUUUUAUUCCAGUACACUACGUGUUGCGAAAACCUCACUUGUUUUGUGGACUAUGUACAGACCCUGUCCUGUACCCUGAGAAAUGACUUGGGUGCCAGUUCCUAUAAUCUCACUGCAACAUGGGUUCCAGAGGAAGAUCCAGAAAAUACAGUGGCUGCCUGCAGUCUCCUGCAAUUGUCCAGGAACACCAGCCACACACGGUACAUGUGCACUGUGGACAUGACUGCACUCCUGGCAGAUGUCAAAGUCCAGGUGGAUGUUACAGAGAUAGCUGAUAGGCAACAUGUGAUUUCCAAACACUUUUACAUGGCAGAGAACAUCAAACCGCAGCCUCCGUUCAAUCUGACUGCUAUGUUCUCAGAGGGCUACAAUAUUUCUUGGGAAACUGUCUACCAGAACUCUCCUUUCUACUUUCUGAACGAGGAGCUGGAAUACCAGCUGCGUUAUAAAAGAAGAACUGACAGCUGGGAGACUCAGAAGACUAAAGCUGUUCAUGAAGAUAAACGGACACUGGUGAUUCUGCUGCAAGAACUCCAGGCAAACACUGAGUACGAGUUCCAAGUGAGAGCCCGACCCCGAGAAGACACAGGCUACAGUGGAUUUUGGAGUGAAUGGAGUCAUCCACUGAUGUUGAAAACCAGCCCUGACGCAGUGACACAGGCAGCAGGCAUGGGAUGGCUGCUGCUGUUUGGUGUUGUCAUGGCAAUCAUUGCCUCACUCACAACCAUUCUGGCCAAACAGUGGAGCCUGUGGAAGAAGAUGGCUUGCAUCCCAGACCCUGCUUCCUUUUUCAAACCUCUUUACCUGGUGCAUAAUGGAGAUUUCAAGAAGUGGGUUGGUGCAUCCCAUAUGAAAAUGACCCGUGAUUUCUUUGAAUGGGUCCUUCCAGAAGUCCUAGAAGUUUACACUAUGCAUCCUUCCAACAGCCUCUCACGAGAGGAGCUGCGUGAGCUAAGAAAUGAUCUGCCUUCCAAGCCCUGUGCAUCUUGCCUGACUGCCCCAGGUCAGGACAGCCAGUCCCUGCUCUCUAGUGUGAACAGUGGCAGCGGGACUCAGGACCAGUCAUAUGGGCAUUUGUCCAUUGAUACUGUGACCGUGGCUGAUGAAUUUACACCUUGCAAGUGCCAGUGCAACUGUAACCGUGUGUUCAGGGGACCCGAGCACAUCACUGAGGAAGACAGUGCUGGAGAAACUGUUUACCCCAAGAUUAACAUUGAUGAUGAAGACAGAAAGGUAGCCAGUGACUUGCAUCUGGCUGACCUGAGCACACAGGACAAAAUACUUGCUUCAGGCUCUGUGUCCACAGACCAUGUGAGGAGUACAAGUGUUCCAGCCCACCCGCCAGUAGAAAGGGCUUUGGAAGGAGGGAUGGGGAGCAUCCUAGAAACCCUUUGCUCAGAGCCUAAUCAGUGGGAUUUGGAAAAUCCAGGUUCUCUGCCUUCUCCUGAUGAUGAAAGUGUUUCCUACAGCGAAGGCUUCUAUGACUUCUUCCCUCACAUUGCAAGGCCUGGUGACAGUUACCCCAUGGUCUGCGUGGAUUUGGACACUAUUGACAGUGGCUUUGUGGACUCGGACUGUGGGAGUCCAGUUGACUGUGAAUUUGAGCAAAACAGUCAGACCAACUGUGGAUCCACCCCUCUGGAGGGGGAGGACUUUCCACGGAGCUACGUCAAGCAGUGGGUCUCCUGGCGCUCUGACAGCCCUGUCAAUGGCACACAGACAGACUGAGGACUUGAUGUUGCCUUGCCAAGUGUAGGGCCUUUCCACCCUGUGCCAGGAGCAAAGUGCCAGCCAAAUUCAGAAGA